CGCAGGAGGAGGUGCGGGAGCCGCUCGCGCUCGCGGUGGCGCGUGUCCGGAUAGCGUCAGUCCAACGUCGACCGUUAACCCUUCCGGAAGGGUGUGAGCGCUCGCUCCGAUUUACAUCAAUGUGGUUUGCCUUCGCGUUUGAGUCCCGUGUUUAUUUAAUUUCACGCAUUUCCAGUCGCGUUUUCCCCCUUUCUCUCUGUCUCUCUUGAACGAGAAGGACGAUCGUCGAGGAACAUUUCCGCAGACUCUCCGUUCUCGGGAGACGGGCAUCGUUGGAGAGUUUACUUUUCCCUUGCGUUCCGCGGGAUGAACGGUGACGCGAGGAACGAGCGACCGGAUGCCGACGAAGCCGACGCCGCGUCGCUCGGCGCGGACAUACUCAACCCCUUCGUGCAUCGGCUCGAACUUGGCUCGACCUACGACAAGCUCAAGACGAUAUUCCUGACAAUCGCCCUCUUGCCAGUCAGACUAGCCGCCAUCACGACUUUGAUGAUACUUGCGUGGCUGUUGGCUUGUUUAGGUCUGCAUGGAUUGUCCGAGGAUGAUCUUCGGCGAGCUCCUCUUACGGGCUGGAGGCGAGACAUGCGCGUCGUGAUCUGCUGGAUGAUGCGGGCGUUAUUUCUCUGCGGUGGAUUUCAUCAUCUGAAGGUCAAGGGCCGGAAAGCGGAGACUAAGGACGCGCCGGUACUGGCUCUCGCCCCGCAUUCCAGCUUCUUCGAUGCACUUCCGGUCGUGUACCUCGGCGGGCCGAGCAUCGUUGCCAAAGGGGAGAGUAGCCGCCUCCCUUUCUUCGGAAAACUCAUCAACUAUACGCAGCCGGUCUACGUGUGGAGGGAAGAUCCAAAUUCCCGUCAGAAUACUAUCAAGGAAAUAAUCGAGAGAACUACUUCCAAGGAGGAUUGGCCACAGGUUAUGAUAUUUCCUGAGGGAACAUGUACAAACCGGUCGUGCUUGAUUACCUUCAAAUCGGGUGCCUUCUAUCCCGGUGUGCCGGUGCAGCCAGUGUGCAUCAGAUAUCCUAAUAAAUUAGACACGGUAACGUGGACGUGGGAAGGUCCUGGCGCGUAA